GUUUGGAUCGACUUUGUUUCCAGUCAAGAUUCGAGUCACUUCGUUCCGUCAGUACACAGACGACAACUACUUUCCCGCCAAGAUGAUGAAGCUGAUUCUACUUGUUACUCUUGUGGCUGCCAGCUAUCAAGAUGGUGGAUAUGGGAAUGGAUAUGGCGCCCGCAGCUACAAUUAUCAACCAGACGGAUAUGGCUCCCGCAGCUAUAAUUAUCAACCAGACGGAUAUGACGCCCGCAGCUACAAUUAUCAACCAGACGGAUAUGGCACCCGCAGCUAUAAUUCUCAUGGGAACGGAUAUGGCGCCCGCAGCUAUAAUAAUUAUGGGAACGGAUAUGGCGCCCGCAGCUACAAUAAUUAUCAAAGGAACGGAUAUGGUGCCCGCGACGGAUAUCGCGGAUCCGGAUACAACAGCUAUAAACAAUCUGGAUAUGGCCCAAGUGGAGGAAACGGAUACACCAGUCAUUGAUUCAUUACGUGACCAACACCCUGCCGCGUGCACCGCCGGAUAUGACGACAUCGACCACCUGACCUGUGUUUAAAAACCGCUCUCACACCAUGCUUCUACUCUACAUUCUUCUGUUUAGACUAGUGCAAUUUAAAAUAGUUAUUUUUAAAAACUUAUUCUGUGCCACGCAACUUUCUAUCAGCAAUAAAGCAUUCGAAACUUCA